CGGUCGUCUGCUCGGCUUUCGCUUAAAAAAGGUUGCCACAGCGCGUCGGCUGCUCGGCCACGUCUGCUUUCGCGUUCAACCGCGCUCGUUUCGUCGUCGGCGUCAACCGGCUUCUCCGCAGCGGGCACUCAUACACAUCUGGUGCACUCCUGUGCGACGACCUACUAUGGCUUUUCACUUUCAGAAACUGUUACUCAGGUUGAUCUUUCACCGCAUCUCCUGACCGCCCUGUACGCCGCGCUCAGUUCCCUGUGCGUCUCUCGGGUUUUUUUUUUUUUUUUUGUGCUUCCUCGCCAUCUGCUCCCUCAUCACCGUCUGCUCCGUCGUCUGUCGGCGUUGACGGGCGACUCGCCAGGCCUACUCGAAGCAGACGACGACAGCUGCGAGCAACAGGUGUAGCGCGGUGUAGACCCACCGACGAACGCCGUCGUCGACUGGACACGACGACCGCCUGUGGUUCUUCUCUUUUUCUUCGCCGCCGAAGAGAAGACGCUAGAUGGACCGCAACCUCGAGAUCGGAGGCGGAGAAAUGAUGAUGGUGACGGACACGCAGAAGCUCGUCCUCCCCCAGAGCACGGAAAGCCUGGUGAAGCCUAUCGGCUACGCCAGCGGCGGUGGCAAUGACAAGUCGGCGCACUACAAGCGCCUGAUGGGGAUGCGGCGGAGCAACUUCCUUCUCGUGCUGCUCGUGCUCAUGCAAAUGAGCUACCUGUGUUUCGGUGCGUUCAUGUUCUGCAGCUUCGAAGGACCGGGAGAGCAGGAACUGAGGCGGCACCUCAAGAUGUUCCGCGCCGCCUUUCUGAGGAACUUCUCCUGCCUCAACGAUGAGGCUUUGGAGAGCUUCAUCGUUGAGAUCGUUCGCGCCCACGAGAACCGGGUGUCGCCAGUCAAGAACGUUACUUCGGACCCGAACUGGAGUUUUGGACACUCAUUCUUCUUCUCGAGCACCAUCAUAACCACCAUCGGCUACGGCAACAUCACCCCGCUGUCGACGGGUGGCAAGAUCUUCUGCAUCGUGUACGGGCUGAUCGGCAUCCCGCUGACCCUGAUCCUGCUGUCGGCGUUCGUCGAGCGACUCCUGAUCCCCGUCACCUACAUACUGCAGUUCCUCAACUCGCGCCUCGGCCACCUCUACCAGGCAUUCAACAUCCGCGUCCUCCACCUCUUCAUUGUCGGUCUGUUGGUGGUGGUCUUUUUCUUCCUGGUGCCUGCGGCCAUCUUCUCAUCUCUGGAGCCAGAAUGGGACUACGUGGACUCGCUCUACUACUGUUUCAUAUCCCUCACAACCAUUGGCCUCGGUGAUUUCACACCCGGAGACAGCUACGAGCAGCCUUACAGGCCUCUUUACAAAGUGGCUGUAGUAGGAUACCUGCUGGUGGGCCUGACAGCCAUGAUGCUCCUGCUCAACGUGCUCUACGACAUUCCGCAGCUGAACGUGGGCGUCUUCUUCCUGCUCAAGAGCGAUGAGAUGACCAAUGACCCCGAGAAAGUGCGGCUGCACCAUGGCCUCGGACCCAAGUACACGCAGCAGAUCGACGAGGCUCCACCACCACAGUUUUACACGGAGGGAAGAAUAAAGAGGACAGGCGUGUGAUCGUCAUGGUGUCAGUCUCGCUGCAUGAAAGGACUUGCCAAGUUGAGGACGGUUUUCUAUGAGAUAAAUCUGAUUUAUAGCAAUGAAAUAGAUAUGCACAAAAUAAAUGCUGUGAGUGGAAUGCUUAAAAUGUAUUCAGCAACAACUGUGUUAAGGGACAGUUAAGGAAGACUAGGACAUUGAUGGUUCACACAUUUGAAGCUGCAAACAUGGAAUGCCUUCUAAGAGCAGCUAGUUGGUUUGCCUGGAAAUGAAGCCCAAGCAGAGAAUGUUUGGCAACACCGCACUACUGCAUUUUCUAAAGCACAAUAGCACUUCAGAAAACAUGCUGUGCAAUGGAGCAUAUCGUUGUCAUAAUAACGCUAUGACUAAUUGCUGGUUUGAGGAAUGAAGUUGUGAUGCUGCAAGUUAAAGCAAAUGUAAACUGAACUUUGCAAUUUAUGUCUGGAUUUACAGAAAAAGCUCUCACACUCACUAUGUAAGCUGUGAAAUCUGUGAUUUCGUGCUUGAUGACGCAGGCACUGUGGGUAAGUUGUCAAAAGUGGGAAAAGGCCAAGUCAGUUUUAUAUGAAAGUCACCUUGAUGAAGAAUUCAAUAUUUUAUCGUUUAAUAAACCCAAAUAAACAUUAAGACCGACGACAGUUGUAUACCUGUUAAGCUUGAUGUACUAUUUGCCGGUUAAUGUGGAUUUAAAAUGGUUUUGCAGGGUUCACAAUGCAGUAAAGCUUUGCCCGGAAACUUUCAGAGCUAACCGAGGAACUGUUGCCUAUGAUAUAAAUGCCUUAAAACUACCAAGAGAUUUAGGACAUGACAAAGGCGGGGCUCUGAGAUUUUACCAAUGCACAUACUCGAUGCCUGCUGCGGUUCUGUUGUCAGAGCUGGCGUUAAAUAAAUGCUGCGUGCUUGCCCUUCAAUUUUAAGGUGAAGCAGAUUUUUCGUUUACUCGUGCUUCCCCUGCACAUUAUGUAGCAGCUUUCCUGUUACCUUGCCAGGCAUAAACACUCACCAACAGGAAUCACGUGAGAGAAUUUCUCGGCAGUAAGGCCUGGCUAAAGCGAAGAAAAAUCACAGCAAAACUUACGGCUACAUGUAUUGUCGGUUUUCUUCAGUGCAUCCUGUGACACAGCAGUAGUUAAAUGUGAAUUCCUCUUAAGCAGAUAUGUUUUGAGUGCCGCUUACUCGAGCUGCCUCAAAUAAGUCACAAACAUUGCUUGUUUAGUACAGCUCGUAAGCAUUUUAGUCAGAUCGACCACAGCACUGGACAUGUUCACGUCAAAACACAAGGAGACGCCAAUUCUUUUCUUGUAGAUUAUACUUCUGCUAUAUGAGUGAGGUAUCGCUUGUGCCGUGUACGUGGAACGUGUUUGUAGCUCAGGAUAUACAGCCUGUGAUUGUUUGCGCAGUGUGAGUUGGAGCAAUCUUCUCUCCCUCCUUGUGCUUGGUCUGUCGCCACUGCAAACAGAUCUGCCAUCACCCCAUGUUUGAAUGGUUGUGUGUCGUGUGUAACUGUUUUUUGUUUUCUUGAUGUUGGUGCACUAAGUUCAUCUGACGGUUGCCUAUUCUCCAAACCAUCUGCUGUAUCGUAUAACUUGCUACCUUGUUGGUGUUACUCUGUUUCACCGAACUGCAUCAAUGUACAUUUUUAGCAGACCAGGGCACUGAGCAGUUUUGCAUUGAGCUACACGUUAUGGCAAAGAUUCAGAAUGGAGCGAUACGAACACAUUCUGAAACGUUGCAAAGAACCUAAGAAAAUAGCAUUUUUUUCACAAAGCUAUUGUAUUAACAACAGGAAAGCAAGCUCUAAAUUAUACUUAAACUUUGGUUCACCAGAGUUUGAGUAAACCUGACAUGGUUGCUCCCAGUAUUGAUGCAUACUGUACGUUUGCCCAGCCCGUUGUUUAUUCUAUUUGGUGAGAACCUCAAUGUAGGAAUGUCACAGUACCAAAAACUGAAGUGAAUUCAAGUGAUCGACAUGGCUUAUCAUCCACUUGGACAGUCUUCGUUAUCAAUUACUUGCGAUGCUCACCCACAUACAUUAUGGUUGGAACACUAGCAAAAAAUAUUGACAUAGCUGUAUUACCUAAAAUACAAAACACUCAUGCACAUCAAGAAUCCUUCUUAUGUACAUAGCUUGUAAGCCCUAAUAUGAACACUCCUAUAAUAGUAUGGAAAGUUGGGCGUGUUAGUUUGAGGACAUUCUUGGAAACCUUUUGGCGAGCACACAGUGAACGGAAAUACGAAAGGCGAGAAGAAAAACAGACAAACAGGAGCCUGUUCGUCUUCUCGCCUUUCGCCUUUCCGUCUACGGUGUGCACGCCGAAAUGUUUCAAGAAUGAACACUAUUAUUUGUGUAAAGCACUUAUAUGUCACAAUUGAACUUCAAACCAAACUGGUGGUUCUCAUAUUAGCAAGGAUUUAUGUUCAGCUCACUGUUUCAUGAUCAGACGAAAACAGUGCUACAAUGCGGGUCAAGACGAAAAGCACACCGACAUUGUUCGUCGUGCUUCUUCUUGUCAUGUCUUGUGUGGUAAAGCUGUCUUGAUCUGUUAAUCAGUUCAAGAAAUGUCAGUCCGCAAGUUAUAACACCUGAUUUGAAGACUUUGGAAAGGAUGUGGAAUUUAUAAGGUAGGAGCCGUGUAAGAGAAUCUUAAUUGACAAGCUGAUUUUAAAUCAAUCAAGGGCCUUCAAUCGUGAUCUUUACCUUUGAAGUGUUUUGUACCACAGCUACAGCUCCAAUUUCUCCAUGCUUUAGGCUCCAAAUGGUAUUCGUGCAACUCUCCUUUUUUCACUCACCAUUUGCAGUGUGGCUGCCGCAUUGGACAACUCUCGAGUGUCAGUCACAAUUUUACGAAUGUAGCAGCACUAUUUAAUGUAGGUUGCUGCAUCAAAAAGCCUAAGCGUGAUGUCUCACUGUUAAAUUUUUAUGCAAGAGUGAAGCCAAAUGAAGACACUUUUUUUUCAUCAGUUAAAGACUGCCGUGUUUCCGCUGUGUCCCUCGGUGACUGAAGGUCACUUUUUAAAAUAGAUUGCCACUGUUUGUCCCAAACAGAAUGAUUGUGGGACAGGGAUAUCUGCAAAUGCUUAAAAACUGUUUUAAAAUAAUUUAAUAGGACACUACGUUCGAUUCAGCUACACUCGUUGUGAUAGCUUACUCAGCCGCUCCGCUGAAUAAAACCGUCGUGUUCCCCACAUUCAAACUUUUCUUACCAAAGCUACCUUUGAGCUUCAUCAGUGUUAGCCAGCAGCACUCUUUGUUAUGUAUUUAUCCCACGUGCCAUUUGCUGUGAAACCAGCAUAUCAUUCUGUAACAUUGUGAUAGUGAUGUCCACGAUGCAUUCAUGCAGUGGCUAGGGCAAAUGCUUUCACCUCUAGAAUAUCUCAACAAUCUUUUUGCUCUGGACGCGCCAUAUCUCUAUUACCUUUAUGACAAAGAUUAGUACUGAAAAAAAAAAAAAUGCGAGCUUCCGCUGAAGGAAAGUGCACCUUGGUUUUAGUAAUACUAAUAUUUUCGGUGCACACCUUAAAGCACUUAUCGAGUGUUGCGAGUAUCGUUUAAGAAUCGUAAAAAACUCUCAACAGCCCAACUGCAUGGCUGGUGACAAAAGGUCGGUACAGAUGUUUGUUGUUUGCUCAAGGAAGCAUGUAGCUCUGGUGACCAGGUACGCUUAUGUCUGCCUGCUUCAAUGUGUGUACAGUAAAAGAGAUAGCAUUCCAACCUCAAUGUAAUGAAGUAUCGGUUAUAACAUAUUGUUGGUUAUAAUGAAGCAUAAUAAUGCAGUCAUGUCCAUUAAAAUAUCAUUAGGAUUAUCAUAUUAACAAAUUUUCUGAUAUGAUUAGGCAGUUUUGAGCCAGGUGGACUUCAUUACAUUGAGGUUCAUGUGCAAUGCUGUUGUCCCUUCAAAUGCUCUUUUUGUGUGCGCCGCUAGUUGCUCCAAUCAUCCUUUUAAACGAAACUCAACAUUACCCUAAUAGGUACUCGCACUAUGUGUUCGAACACCAGUGUGUGCCAAACACGCAUUUCACGUCUGCAACUACCUUGUUCUUUUUUUUUUUGUCUUUGAGAAACAAACAAAUGCUAGGCCGCGCUUUUAUGCACCCGACCAUAACUGUCCCGCGUCCAAGAUUCAACGACACUUCACAUGUGAUAAUUCAUAUUGAAAUAUACAUAUAUAUAUAUAUAUAUAAAAUGUUAUAUACAUAUUAUACAUAAAUACAUGACUAUAAAUGUGUCUAUAUGUACAUAUAUGCAUUCAUUGUGGUUGUUUGUUGUGUGCAAUGGCGGCUUGCAAGCCAAGCCUGUUUGCUUCCAUAUAGGACUUUGUAACUGUUAUGGGACUGAGUGGAAAAAAAGAGCUGAAUAAAGGUGGAAAUGUUU